CUAUUAUUAAGGAAAGGAAGUAACUUAGCAAGUGGGAACUUUGUUCUCAAUCUCUUUCUCUCUCAUCGUGUCACAGUACUGCAACUUCUUUUUGCUCAUAUAUUUGCUUUAUAAAUAAAUUCAACCACCAUGUCCAUGUUUGCUUCUUUUGCUUCCUUUUAAAUCUCUUCACACGGGACGGGAAUACUCCUUUUUGUCACCUCUCAUUUCUCAUUUAUUACUAUUUUCUCUGUUCUAUACGUUUCCUUCAAGCUCUAUCUUUAAAGAUAAAGUACUUUUUUUUGUUUGUGGGAAUAAAUAAGAUGGAAGAGAUAAAGAGAGACUCCUGCAAUGCUCUGCUAACUGGUCACAGCUCACCAGGUGGUAGGUAGAGCUUGUGGUUGAUAGAGAGAAAGAUGUUUUACUUGUAAAAGACCUUACUCACUUUCUUCUCCCUUUCUCUUUCGCUCUCUCUCAAAAUCAUACAAGAAAUAUACAGCAGGUGAACGUUAUUUGGUUGUUGGUGUGUUUGAUUUUUUUUCUAUUAUGGAUACCUAUGAAGCAACCAGAAUUGUGUUCUCUAGAAUCCAAAACUUGGAACCAGAAAACGCUUCCAAAAUCAUGGAUCUACUGCUGAUUCAAGACCAUGGUGAGAAGGAGAUGAUUCGUUUAGCCUUUGGUCCUGAAGCUUCACUUCUCUCUGUGAUACUCAAGGCCAAGAAAGAGCUUGGUCUUCCCUCUAACUCUCCUUCUACACCUUCUACUCCAGCUUCUCCUUCUCCUUUUCUCGCAAACAACCCGAACCCUGUUAAUAUUUCAAGGCAAAACUCAUCUGCUUCAAGGCUCAUACCAUCUUCUCUCACCAUCCCUACCAACCUCUCUUCUUCUUUUGGUACUUCUUCAUGGAGUCCUUUGUCUGAACUACAGAACCCUGAUGAGUUGAUCAGUCCCAGCAGUGGCUCUUUAAAUCCUUCUUCUUUUCCUUUGUAUGGAAACGGGGAAGCCACUGAUAUGGUUGAUGAGUUUCAACUUCAAGAUCAACUAGCUUUCCUCAACGAAAGCUCUCCCAAAAACCAUGAUUUCUUCAACCGCCAAUCUGGUGACUUGUCCUCUAGUUCAACGGCUGGUGCUUGUGGUAUCACUGACUCCAUAGGGUUCCCCUCGUACUGGGGAACCUCCUUUCACAGGAGGAGUAGCUCCGUGAGUGAUAUUUUGGGAGCUGAUGACCCGGCUUCUGGGUUUGGGUGGAGACACUGUCUGUAUUUUCUUAGAGGGUAUUGUAAAAAUGGGAAGAAUUGCAGAUUUAUCCAUGGUGGCCUUGGAGAGUAUGGUUCAGUGGUUGCUGGAGCAGAUGGUGCCACCAUCGUAGGAUCACCUAACAAGAUCGAGAUGGACCAGGCCCAUGAACUACUCAGAUCCAAAUCAGCUCAGCAACAUAGGUUGGCAGCUGCUUCACAGCUCAUAGGUUCUAUUUCUUUUCCUCCUUACUCCCUAAAGUGCAUGAGCUCGUUCCUUCAAAAGCAACAAAAUGAUACUCAGAGGGUUGCAGCAGCUGCUGCUUUAAUGAUGGGCGAUGAGAUGAACAAAUUUAAUCGAUCCCGGCUCGAAAGAAGCAGCUUUUCAAUAAACGGAGAAGCAGGCAUGGUUAACCCUGCUUCAAGACAGAUCUACUUGACUUUCCCAGCUGAUAGCACCUUCAGAGAGGAGGAUGUGUCCAACUAUUUUAGUAUAUAUGGACCGGUUCAAGAUGUGAGGAUUCCAUACCAGCAGAAGAGAAUGUUUGGAUUUGUUACUUUUGUUUAUCCCGAGACUGUGAAAAUCAUCCUGGCUAAAGGGAACCCUCAUUUCGUUUGUGAUGCUCGUGUUCUGGUUAAGCCUUACAAGGAGAAAGGAAAAGUCCUGGACAAGAAACAGCAGCAAAUUGAAAGAGGAGAUUUCUCUCCUUGCGGUACUCCAACUGGCCUUGAUUCGAGCCCCCGGGACCUAUACGACCCUCAGCUCGGACUGAGGGCGUUUUACAAUACCCAGGACUUGUUGUGGAGGAGAAAGCUGGAGGAGCAAGCUGAUCUUCAGCAGGCGCUUGAGCUUCAAAAUAGAAGGUUGAUGGGCCUGCAACUCCUCGGUGCAAAGAAGAAUCACCAUCACAGGGCUCUUUCUAGUGGAAGCCCCAUUCCAUUACCUACGCACACUCCAAAAAUGUUCAACCAGUCCCUUGUACUUCCUCAGUUUCACAACAGUCAAGAAGCUCCACAAGAGAAUUGUUCUAGCCCUGUGGCAGUGGUAUCCAUGCAUGCAUCCGAGAAGCAAGUUGUGAGUACUGGUACUGCUGCGGGUAAAGAAUCAGCCAGUGUUGAACAAAAUGAUACUGGCAAGGAGAGCCCUAAUCUUGAAGACGGUAGCCUGCCAAAAAGUUUGGAGCACAACCUUCCUGAUAACCCUUUUGCAUCUCCUAAAAAAGCUUCUGGAGAGUACUUGUCUGCAUUCUCUAAUACUGAAGCGGAUAGGGACACAUCAGUCUCGGCUUCUUCUAUAACAAAUAAUUGGGUCCCUUCAACAUUGCUUCCAGAAAAUAAUGCAUUAGACAUGGCAUCAUUCAACUCUUUCAACUGCCAAAUGCCCAGGUUCUCAUCCGGACAUGGGACCAUCAGCAUGUACGCAGGCACUGGCGGCCCAACUUGCCCUGUUGGAAUUUAGCAUCCUUUGCAAAGGUUAGAAGACUGAAGGUAUAAAUCAAACAACAUAGUUUCACAUCAGAGAUCUAAUAGAAGAGCCAACCACCACUAUACUCUAUUUACAACCAUACAAAAUGCGUUCAUAAAAAGGCAGUGAAGGAAGUGGGACAGCUAUUCCUUCUCUUUUGUUGUAAUAAUGUUUACCUAUUGUUUCAAUAGUUUGGACCACAUGUUAAAAGAAAGCAUAGAAAGAAAAAGGGAUCACCCAGUCAAUGUGUAUCUGUAACUCCCCAAUGGUUUCCCUGUAAGAAACAAGGAGGAAAAGCCCUUGUUUAGUUCAUUUCUUUUCUAGCUUAGUCUAUGCUUGUACAGAGCAAGAAGGGAAACCAAUCCAUAGGCAAAAUAGUAAGAACAUGCAUAUAUUGCAUUGUGUAUGGCCCUUUUAGGGUAAAAA